AACGCCAUUCGCUUAUGUUGUUUUGCAGUGUUAACUACUGCUUUGAGAAAUGAAAAACUUCUUUCGAAAGAAUUCAGCUUAAGUACCAGCCUGUUUCUCGUUGCUGUGGUGCUAUUAGCACACUAACUCUAGCAUUAGUUCAAUUAAAAUGAGUUAGUCAUGGUCUAGUUAGUAUAGUCAGGUUUCAUUGACUAUUAAAACUUUAAGUAUCGUAUUUUAAUUAGAACUUAAUCUUUUGUGCGCAUUUCUUGCAUUGUGAGAUCAGAAAAUCCAUUAGGGUCUGUUUGAAAGACAAAUUGUUACAGUUCACAAUUUCUGAAUUGAAGUAAAAUCGACUACUUUUACUUCCAAUAAUUUUGCCAGUCUGUGCAAAGUGGAAGAGUGUGUUUAAAAAAGUUUAUUUGUCUAUUGUUAUGAUUUGACGUCACGAAGGUGGACGUCAUCUUGAAUGAAAAAUUCUUAUUUUAUUAUUUAUUUUGCUAAAUUAAACACGUAACGCGGAGCUAUAUUCAGUGUUAAAAUAUUAUAUUAAGCAACCUUGCCUGUGAUGUUUUAAAUAAAUACCAGUUCUGUGUGUUUGUUUCAAGUGAAGGUGACGCUAUACGCUAUUGUGUCGGUGAUGUAAUUUAGGUGAUUGGGUGGCUUCCUAGUCCUAAGUACUACAAUGGAAGAAUCCUCUUUCACGAUCCCGGCGGACGACAAUGGUGAUACUGAGCUCGACCCUAGAAUACAGGUGGAACUCGAGAAACUCAAUGCGGCCACCGAUGAAAUCAACAAAUUGGAACUUGAACUUGAUGAGUCUAUGAAAACAUUCCACCUGCUUCUGAACGAGACCUCGCGCCGCCUUCAGGCCUGGACGAAGAGACUUGGGACCUGCGUGGACAAGUCCAGGCCGUACUAUGACGCAGUGGGCGUCGCCACGACUGCCAGGCAGGAGUGCCAGAAAGCUGCUGUGCAGUUCCAGAGGGCUAGUGAAUUACACGCGGCGGCCAAGGAGACAGUGACGUUAGCGGAGCAGCGCUUCGUGAGCAAACAGGACGAGUGGCAGUUCGAUAGCAACUGGCAGGAGGUGCUCAACCAUGCCAUCAUCAAGGUUAUGGAUGCCGAGAAACGUAAGGCAGAGAGCGGACGAGAGCAUCAGAAACGGGCGGCGGCCUAUAUCGCGGCUGAGAAAAAGGUGACACAGUUAGAAGAGAACCUAAAGCGCAACAUCAUCAAGUCCCGAGUCUACUUUGAGGAGAAGAAACUGUGUGACGAGCAACUGCAGACACAGAAUGCGAAAAUCGCGAAACUCCAACAUCUCAUCGCUGACGCCAAGUUCCGCUACUCCAAGUCCCUCAAAGCCCUUGAGAAGAUAUCUGAAGAAAUUCACAGAAGACGAGGCGAGUACCCUCCCGAUAAGGACAGCAUCCCAGUGGGUCCGCGAGAGCCCGGCGUCGGCGCAGAGAGAGAUGCCAUACAUGACGAGGAUACAGCCAAAGCUGAACACGAAAAGGACGAAGAAUCCAGUCUCCAAGAACUGAGGAUGCGCGUCAGAGAGCUAGCGUCCAAACCUAUAGAGAAAGACGUCGAGACUGACGAGGCCUGGGCUCUGGAACUGAACGAGACUAUCAACAAACUGGAUCAGCUGCUGAUGAUGAAAGAAAAUAAUCAGCAGAAGAGGUCCAAGUUCACGGCGAGCUCCCCGAGGAACUCGAGCGCGCCGUCCACCAGCACCAACUCGGGCAAGUACACGCAUCCACCCAGCGACAGCUGGAAGACCGAGACCAACCUCACCAGGACCAAGUCCAUCAGCAAGGACGUUGUGUAUGAGCACAGCAACCCGCCCAUCAGCAAGACUGAGAAGUCCAAGAGCAUGAUGUCGCUGGACGUGUUGGCCCUGGCCCGCGACACGCACAUGAUGGACCGCGAGUCCUACCUCAAGGCGGUCAUCGAGGACAAGUCGCCCAGUGGCACAUACACCGAGAGCAACUCCGACAGGAACGACACGCCCGACGAGAUCCUCAUGGUGGAGUGCGACUCCAGCGACUCCAACCAGAACCCAGUCAUCCGCAUGACCAGCUCCACCGUCUCCGACAGUGACAACAGCUAAACCUACACCUGACAAGUAAAACGCGAUCCAUUUUUGAAAUUUAUAAUUUUCUUAAUAGGUUGUGGAAUUUUAUUAAUUCAAAAGUUUUAAAAAUAGAAUAUU